AUGCCACCUCCCACCGGUGACACCCCUCCCUCGAUUCACCUCGGACCCCGGCGACGCGCGCAGACCCCGGCGACCACAGACCCCGGCGGCGUCGCGCAGGUACCCCUCGAUUCACCUCCCCGCCGGCGGCCUCCCCCCCUCGAUCCCCACCCGCCUCACGGUCUCUCCCCCAAGCAGAUCCUCUCAAGCUCGCCGCGGAGCAGGAGCAGCACGUCGGCGACCUUCUUCGAGUUGCAGCACGUCGCGCACGUCCGCGGAGCAGGAGCAGGAGCAGCACGGUCUCUCCCCCUAUUCGACGCCACCUCCCCGCCAGUGGUCGCCUCCCCCCUCGAUUCACCUCCCCAACCUACUGCUCAGGGUGAGCUCCCUAUGCUCCUCCUCCUCCCUAUGCUUGCUGCAUGA